AUGUGGCACGAAUUGAAAUCUAACGUGAGGUCACAAAAUAUUUCUCCAACGUUAAGUAGUACUGUUGUAGAGUUAAUAAGAAAACGUGUCAAUGACAUUCUUCCAAAUAGUUGGAGAAAUUCAGGCCGACACAUGGCGGACCGUGACCCGUAUAAGAGAGAACAGCAGCGGUUGAUUCAGCUGUAUGACGAUAUUACGUCGGAUGAAGAGAACUCAGAUGCUGCUUAUGAGGGAGAGUUCAGCUCAGAUGAAAACUAUGUACCCAGUGAGUCGUCUGCCUCGCAGUCAGAUGAAAGUGAAGACUCUGAUUUAAACGAACUCCCCGAGCUCUCCAAUGUAGAGACGUCUAAUAAUACUCUUCACAAUCCCCAGCAAUAUAAUCUGCCAGAGGAAAGUGAAGUAGAAGAGCCCGACGCAUUGGACCAGGAUUCCCAGAAAAUUAUUCAGAAAUCUCAAGACAGAAAAAAUAACGACGACCAAAGGCAAAAGGACAAUGACGACGCAUUAAUUAGUAAAAUUGAGAAUAGGGAAGAACAGUCGCAAGACGGCACAAUAGAUGAAGAUGAGCUGAGAAAGUUUGAAAGGGAAUUGCUACAACGGCACGAUCAACAGCCUAAACUAAACAGGUCGGGUGCCAUAAAGCACUCGACACUUGUAGGGGAAGAAAUUAAUACAAGAGAAGAAGAAGAAAAAGAGGAGGAAGAGAAAGAAGAGGAAGAUCCCUCGGUGAAAAUCCUGGAAGCGAAAGCCUUCACAGAAAGUCACGAUGAAAAAACGGAAGAAGAAAGGGGAGGAACUUGGGAAGAUAUAGAGGAGAGUGUUUUAACAGCCUUCUUGUUCGACGAAGAGGACAGAAGAGAAAUGCAGCAAAUGAAAAAAAGAAAAGGGGACAGCCUUGAGAUAAAUGAAAAAUUCAAAAAAGAAAAACUUGAAGAAAGCAAAAAAUAUCCAGAAGAAACCGACAGGGAAAAGGUCCAACGGAAAAUGAAACAAAUACUCGAUAUACUUAAUACAGAAGGCCCAAUAGAGGACGAAAGAAUAAGAAUGAAAAAACUCAUAGGGGAAAUUAACUCUAUGCAAAACAGAAAAAUUAGCCCAAAUCAAACAACACAAGGGGAGGAGAAAAAUAUAAGAUGCGAACAAUGUAAAAUUAAGAUCGAGCAAGAGAGACAAAGAAAAGAAACAGAAAAAAUAAUAGGAAUUGUAAACAAGGGAGGAGACAUAGACACCUUUAGUCAAAUCCACGAGAAGAAAUGGGAGGACAAGGUGUUUGAAAAAACGAAGUGGGAACAUGGGGGACUGCAAGAGACAAUUGAAAAAAAAGAAUGCAUAAUAAUAACUAAAAACGAAAUAAAAGACGGAGGGGUAGAGGGCGUCAUAAGAACGCUCAGGGAAGAAGUAGCAGAAAUCAUUGAGGAAUGCAAAGUGGGCGACAUAGAGUACAUAGAAAAUGUAAAGAAAAGCUCUAUGGCCAACCAAAGGAGGCAGUGGUACACAUAUGUAACCAAAGUGGGAGAACAGGGAAUGUAUGAAAUGGCUGUAAAGGCCAUAAAUAUAAUAAAAAAAAGGGAGAAGCCCCCGGAAACCGUUAGAGUCAUCGUUAACAACGAGAUAAAUAAGGAAGAUGUGCGAAAAGCUCUCGAAUUUGUGGGGAGAAAAGAAAAUAUAGUAUGGGAAAUAGUUAUCAGAGGGAAGGAGAUGGAUAAAGGGGAGAGGCAUGAGCAGGAAGAAGCGCUCCUAAUCAAAACGGGGGGGAAAUCAUACACUGAUGUAUUAAAAGAGAUGAAUCAGAAAAUUGAUAUAGGGAAGAUUGGCUUAAAAGUAAAUAGGCUAAAAAAAACAGAAGGGGGAGACAUCCUCGUAAAACUAAAGGGGAAGGGAGCAGCGGAGAAACUGAAGAAGGAGAUGGACAGUAAAAUAACGGGAAUGAGCAUGGCUGUUCGGAAGAAAGAAAAUUAUUUUUCCAUCACGGCAAUAGACCCUGGGUUUACAGAAGAACAGCUAAUAAGCGCGAUAACAACAUAUACCGGUAUCCCCGAGGACGAAAUAGAUGUCAAAACGCUACGUAUAAAUAGGCAUGGGGAACAGGUGGCGACCAUAGCCGUACGCCCCUCAAAAGCAGAAGAGCUACGGAGGUAUAGAACGAUAGUAAUAGGUUGGGUUAUAUGCCCCAUAAUGGAACGCCAUACGCCAGUAAGGUGUUAUAAGUGCCUCCAUUAUGGUCACAGCACCUAUGAGUGCACAGGGGAGAGCAGGGUAGCAUGCUGCUACAACUGCUUUAAAAACGGGCAUACAGCGGUGCAGUGUAGCAGCACUGCGUACUGCUUAACUUGUAAGGAAGAGGGUCAUAGAAUGGACCGCAUGACAUGCCCAGCCUAUAGGGCGUGGGUGUACGGCAGGGGAGGGGAAAGGGAACACAUAAAACAUUAA